AAAUGGAAUCAUCUAAAUUAAAUUAUAUUUACAUUUAAAAUAAAAACAAACAAAAAAAUCAACUGACAAAAUUUGACUGAUUUUUCAGCCUUCAGUUGGAUAUAAUGAAUUCCAAAUCCGAUCAUGAAACAGAAAAGGAAAAAAAGUUAACAAUUACAAAUCGGUUUGGGGAUUCCCUGGACAACUACGAACUCUCCAACGAAGGUGAAAACAUGGCACACAUCUAUCCGAAAAAGAUUCAAAAUCGAAAAAAUGGAAUUUUAAAAAACAACGAUGUUAACCACGACAACGCUUAUCACGAAGAUGUGGAUUUGGCAGACAUUCUUGGAACAAAUUGGCCAAAACGUGCUGGAGCUGCAGCUAUGAUUUUAAACAACAAAAGCAAAACUUUGGUGGAGCCUGGCAUUUGCGAAGAAAUUAAACCAGCUUCCCCGCCUGUUUUACCGAAAGUCGAGCCAGAGGAAAGUCCGCGCAUCACCGUAGCCGAUUAUCAGCCUUUGAUUGAGAUACCCGGAACUGAGCUAGCGAUUGGAUCGCUCGUGGAAGUGUCGAGUCCUGGAGCGAAUGAAGAUCUAUAUGGUGUUAUAAGAUGGAUUGGCAUUCCGCCGGGAAUUCAAAAGAACGUUCUGGUGGGAAUUGAAGUGGAGGACGAGUCCAACUUAAAGAACGUUAUGACCUCAGACGGCAGGCAUAACGGAGUUCGCCUAUUCACAUGCCACGAAGGUCGAGCCGUGUUUGUCCCUGCUAACAGAUGCACCGCUGACCGUAGAUUUGCGGAUGUGGACACUGCCAGCAUGGCAGCCAAUAGAGUUUCGAAUAAUCAGGCGAAGAAAUUCGGUGUGGCUGAGUGUCCGGCUAUAUAUGGACCAGUACCCCCUUUAGAAAUACACAACUCCGAGGAGCUAGCCAGUAUUUGUGGCAAGUUCAAGGGAAUACAAGGACAUCAUAACUCCUGCUAUUUAGAUGCCACGCUAUUUUCAAUGUUCACUUUCACCAGUGUCUUUGAUUCUAUUCUGUACCGGCAUCCGGGAGCUCAAGACAUUCGAAAUUACAGCGAAGUUCAGAAGGUUUUGCGUGAUGAAAUCGUCAAUCCCCUGCGAAAGAAUGUCUUUGUGCGCUCAGAUCGUGUGAUGAAGCUUCGCGAAUUGCUGGACCAGCUAAGUUCGGUUAGUGGCCUUACCUGUGAGGAGAAAGAUCCUGAAGAGUUCCUCAACAGUUUACUCUCACAAAUAAUGAGAGUUGAACCGUUUUUAAAGCUAAGCUCCGGUCAAGAUUCGUAUUUCUAUCAAUUGUUUGUGGAGAAGGACGACAAGCUAACGCUACCGAGUGUCCAGCAGCUAUUCGAACAGAGCUUUCACUCGUCCGACAUCAAAUUGAAGGAAGUUCCAUCGUGCUUUAUCAUUCAGAUGCCUCGCUUUGGGAAAAACUUCAAGAUGUACCCAAGAAUAUUGCCAUCGCAAGUUCUGGAUGUGACGGAUAUCAUUGAAAACUCCCCGCGACAGUGCUCGCUUUGCGGCAAACUGGCAGAGUUUGAAUGUCGUGAUUGCUUUGGAAGCUUGCAAGCCGGUUCUGGCCUUGAAUGCACCGCCUUUUGUCCCAAGUGCUUAAAAACCUUUCACUCGCACUCAAAAAGGAGCAAUCACGUUUCGAAGAAGAUCUCCAUUCCGAAGGACUUUAGGAUUAUGGCUGACCACAUGGUUGUCCCGCGAUUAUAUAUGGAAUUAUUUGCCGUAGUUUGCAUCGAAACAUCACAUUAUGUGGCUUUUGUGAAAUCGGGUUCUGGUCCGGAUGCUCCAUGGUGUUUUUUCGAUUCAAUGGCGGAUAGAAAAGGCGAACAGAAUGGAUACAAUAUACCUGAAAUUACGUGUGUUCCGGAAUUAACGCAGUGGCUCACGGACGAGGGGGCGCGAUCUAUAAAUGAAACUUCAACGAACGAUAAAGUAUUACCUGAACACGCUAAGCGUAUUUUUUGCGAUGCCUAUAUGUGUCUGUACCAAAGCACAGAUAUCAUGAUGUACCACUAGAACAAUCUUUUAUCUUUUGAUUAACCAUGAGAGGUGUAAUAAAUUUUUGUAGAUAAACACA